GUCAGGGAUAUGGUAACGCCCACUUGUUAAAGCUCCGGUCAAAGUUCACCUGAGAGUUCAAUUCCACCACACCCCAGACUAAGAUUAUCUGAGUCAGCUGCACUCUGCAUGGCCGAAAACAAGCAACCCAAUCCUGUAGUGUUCUUUGAUGUGUCCAUCGGAGGUCAGGACAUGGGUCGGAUGAAGAUGGAGCUGUUUGCAGAUGUGGUUCCCAAGACGGCUGAAAACUUCCGUCAGUUUUGCACGGGAGAAUUUAGAAAAGACGGUGUACCACAAGGCUACAAGGCGACAGCCUUUCAUCGCAUAAUCAAAGAUUUUAUGAUCCAAGGUGGUGACUACCUCAAGGGAGAUGGAACGGGAAUGAUGAGUAUUUAUGGUAGCUCCUUUCAUGAUGAAAACUUCAGACGUAAACACGAUGGGCCAGGUCUCCUCUCAAUGGCAAACAGUGGCCCUGGGACAAAUGGUUGUCAGUUUUUCAUCACCUGUGCCAAAUGUGAUUUCUUGGAUGGGAAACACGUUGUGUUUGGACAAAUCACCGAUGGGUUGUUGAUUAUGAGAAAGAUUGAGAAUGUUCCCACUGGACCCAAUAACAAGCCCAAACUGCCUGUAGUCAUUACACAAUGUGGACAAAUGUAACAGAGAUAUCAUCAUUGUUAUUUUGACCAUUAAUAAUAAUUAUGUCAUAAUUAUGCAUUAUUAUAAUAAUGAAGUUAAAAAACACUUUCAGAACAA